AUGAAUCAAGAACGUAAUAAUGCUGUGGGUGAGUUGUUAAAAAAUGCAACAGUGAGAUUUUGUUGGGAUUUGCUGAGAAUAUUGAUACUUGAACAAUUACAUGUUGAGGUUGAGGGCGAUCAAAGAGAGGUCAGAUCCAUCCAUAAAGCAUUGCAUUUUCAUGACAAGUUGGUAGCCCACAGAUUUCAGUUGGAAGAAGCUAAUAAUGUGUUUGCUAUGAUGAUGAGAAAAGGUGUUAAACCUGAUGUUGUUACUUAUAACUCUUUAAUGGAUGGAUAUUGCUUAGUUAAAGAAAUGAACAAGGCCAAGGGUAUAUUCAACACCAUAGCUGCUCAAAGUGGAGUGACUCCUGAUGUUUUGAGUUACAAUAUUAUGAUUAAUGGAUUUUGUAAAGUUAAAAUGGUGGAUGAAGCCUUAAAUCUCUUAAAAGAAAUGCGUUGUAGAAACAUUAUUCCUGAUGUGGUAACUUACAAUUCCCUUAUUGAUGGUUUGUGCAAAUCAAGGAGAAUAUCACAUGCUUUGAAGCUUGUCGAUGAGAUGCAGGAUAGAGGGCAACAACACGAUAUAUUUACUUACAAUUCUAUAUUAGAUGCUUUAUGCAAAAACCAUCAUGUUGAAAAGGCAAUUGCAUUAUUAACAAAAGUUAAGGAUGAGGGUAUUCAACCAAAUAUGUGCACGUAUACUAUUCUUAUCAACGGAUUGUGUAAAGAUGGAAGAGUAGAGGACGCAAGAAAGGUUUUUGAAGAUCUUUUGGUCAAAGGCUACAAUCUAGAUGUUUAUACAUAUACUGUUAUGAUCCAAGGGUUUUGCGACAAGGGCUUGCUUGAUGAAGCCUUGGCCUUGCUAUAA